AUGAGUCAGACACCCUCGCCACGUCGGUUCCUUAUGAACAAACGGCCUCAGAACCAUGCCACUCCGACUCCAUCCAAAUUAUCAAAACAAGUGCUACAAGAUGUGCCUGAUUCUGAUACUCCACGUCCGGCAUCUGGUCCAACACCCUCACAGUUUGCGAAAGCGCCUCGGUUUGCCAUGUCCACUGCAAGGCGGGCUUCUUUUCCUCCACGUUCUCCAUCACCUGCAAAGCCUCAGUUUUCUGCCUUAGACACCAGUUCCACCUUUGGAAAACAACGUGACAAGGUCAAAGAACCUAUUUCCAUAUCAGACGAUGAUGAAGAAAUGCUCGACAACGACAAUCAUGAUCUCAACUUCACCCCCUUGACACAGCCUGUUUCUCAAGAUUCGAUACCAGAACCUGANAAAGGGUCGUAUCUUGCAUCUCACCUACCGUCAUCCCCAAAACGACGAAAGGUCGAUAUUGGUGAUCCAUCGUCAACCCCACAGUCGACUCCGGGACGUUUCAUCUUGCCGUCUGUAGGCACAAGCCGGACGACGUUUACCCAGACAGAUGGCAACGUACCCAGCAGUAGUAGACCGGCAUUCCUGAUGGCAUUACUUCCAGCACCAGAGGCUGUUACGCCACUGCCUGAUGCUUUCUCACCUCGAAGAAGAGGACAGAAGUUCAUGCCUGGUGGCCUAGCAUCGGAGCUACAAUCAUGGGUUAUCGAAGCAGCACAAACUGCAACUCAAGGUAGACCUCGUAGUGCUUCAUCAGUCGAAGAUUCGGUCUAUUUGAUCGAUAUCAACGAAGUCAAGGGAGAUGGACCGAUAUUUGCACAGGGUACAAGGCCCGGUAAGGAUAUCACCAAGGUGUUACUCAUCGAUGGCCAAGCGAACCACAAAGCAGUCAAGGUGAAAAUGGGAGACAGGGUGAGCAUCCGGUCGCCGACUUGGGAUGUUGAGGUGUCAGGUGAAGCAUGGACAGUAGGCGUUGACUGGAGAACCAUGAAGCUCUAA